AUGAAAUCUUCAAUUAUUAAUCAAUGCUUGAUUUUUGUUAAAAAAGGUCGUCGAUUAUCAAAUAAUAUUUUAAAAUCAUUUGAAUGUAUUCGAACUUAUCAAUGGAAUAAAACAAUUCUCAAUAUUAUGGAACGGUCAAUUGAAAACGAUCAAAAAAUAUCAUCGAAAUCGAUAAAUUUAUAUAAUUGUUUAUUAAAACAAGAUGAUUUAGAUAAAAUUCACGUGAUAAAUAUUAUUUCAAAAAUGAAUCAAGAGUUUAUAAUACAAAAUAUUUUAAUAAAUUUAGAAGAUAAUUCAUAUUCAAUUCUUCUUAAAGGUGUUCAAAAUGGUCAACAAUUACUCAAAACAAUAAAUGAUCAUUUAACAAAUAAUCUCAAAGUCAAUGAUCAAACAAAUAUUGAACAUACGAUUAAAAUAUUUCAUAAUUUAGUUGUUAUUACUGGAAGAUUAGAUAAUGAAAUAAUUGAAUAUUUUUAG